CCCUCAUAAUGCAUGGGGGCAAGAGAGGACUGGUGGCUCCGCAGAACACUUUUCUGGAAAAUAUUGUCCGGCGCUCCAGUGAAACCAGUUUCCUAUUGGGAAAUGCUCAGAUCUUGGAGUGGCCUGUUGUUUACAGCAAUGAUGGAUUCUGCAAGCUGUCUGGAUACCACAGAGCUGAAGUCAUGCAUAGGAGUAGCACGUGCAAUUUCAUGUAUGGUGACCUGACUGAUAAGAAGACUAUAGAAAGAAUCAGACAGACCUUUGAUAACUAUGAGUCCAAUUUCUAUGAGGUGCUGCUCUAUACAAAGAAUAGAACACCGAUAUGGCUCUACAUGCAGGUAGCUCCAAUCAGAAAUGAGAACAACAAGGUGGUGCUUUUCCUCUGUACCUUCAGAGACAUUACGCUUUUUAAACAGCCGAUUGAAGAUGAAACAACUAAAGGAUGGACGAAGUUUGCCAGACUGACGCGGGCACUGACCAACAAUCGCAACGUGGUGCAGCAGUUAGCACCACUGAGCAAGACUGAAGUCAGCCAACGGCCCUCCAGACUGGCUGAGGCUCUCCAGCUGGGAUCGGACAUCCUCCCUCAGUACAAACAGGAAGCCCCCAAGACUCCUCCACACAUCAUCCUCCACUACUGCACCUUCAAGACCACCUGGGACUGGAUCAUCCUCAUCUUGACCUUCUACACCGCCAUCAUGGUGCCCUAUAACGUCUCCUUUAAGACAAAGCAGAACAAUUUGGCUUGGCUGGUGGUGGACAGCAUCGUGGACGUGGUCUUCCUGAUUGACAUUGUGCUUAACUUCCACACCACCUUUGUGGGUCCCGCUGGGGAAGUAAUUUCAGACGCAAAGCUCAUACGAAUGAAUUACCUGAGGACGUGGUUCGUCAUUGACCUGUUGUCCUGUCUGCCCUACGACAUCAUUAACGCCUUUGAACAUGUAGAUGAGGAUGUCAUCACAUCUGCUUCUCGAUCAAGCAAUCUCCGUGAGUCUUCAAUUUUCCACAGGAAUACCACACGAACAGAAGAUCAUGUACUCCCAGGUCUCAGCAGCCUGUUCAGCUCCCUGAAAGUAAUCCGCCUGCUCAGGUUGGGCCGGGUGGCCCGGAAGUUGGACCACUACCUGGAGUACGGAGCAGCCGUCCUGGUUCUGCUGGUGUGCGUUUUUGGUCUGGUGGCCCACUGGCUGGCCUGCAUCUGGUACAGCAUCGGGGACUACGAGGUCAUCGAUGAGACCACCAACACCAUUAAGACAGACAGCUGGCUCUACCAGUUGGCUCUGAGCAUCGGGACUCCUUACCGCUACAACGCCAGUGGUACAGGACAGUGGGAGGGGGGGCCCAACAAGGACACGCUGUACAUUUCUUCCCUCUACUUCACCAUGACGAGUCUCACCACCAUCGGAUUUGGCAACAUCGCUCCGGCCACAGAUGGAGAGAAGAUUUUCUCUGUGGCUAUGAUGAUGGUGGGCUCGCUGUUGUAUGCAACCAUCUUUGGAAACGUCACCACCAUCUUCCAGCAGAUGUACACCAACACAAACCGCUACCAUGAGAUGCUCAACAACGUGCGCGACUUCUUGCAGCUUUAUCAGAUUCCCAAAGGUCUGAGUGAGAGGGUCAUGGACUUCAUCGUCUCCACCUGGGCCAUGUCUAAGGGCAUUGACACAGAUAAGGUUCUAUCAAUUUGUCCUAAAGACAUGCGAGCGGACAUCUGCGUCCACCUCAACCGGCAGGUGUUCAACGACCACCCGGCGUUCCGUCUGGCGAGCGACGGCUGUCUGCGCUCUCUAGCUGUGGAGUUUCAGACGACACACUGUGCACCUGGAGACCUCAUCUUCCAUAUCGGAGAGAGCGUCGACACCCUCUGCUUUGUCGUCUCCGGUUCACUAGAAGUCAUCCAGGAUGAUGAGGUCAUCGCAAUACUAGGUAAAGGUGAUGUGUUUGGAGACGUGUUCUGGAAAGAGACCACGCCGGCCCGGUCUUGUGCAAAUGUCCGAGCUUUGACUUACUGCGACCUGCACGUCAUUAGGAGAGACGCUCUGAUGAGGGUGCUGGAGUUUUACACAGCGUUCGCCAACACGUUCUCCCGCAACCUCAUUCUCACAUGCAAUCUACGAAAACGGGUAAUCUUCAGAAAGAUUGCAGAUGUGAAGAAGGAGCAGGAGCGCCAGAGGAACGAGGUGACUCUCUCCAUUCCUGAAGACCACCCAGUCCGCAAGCUGUUCCACAGGUUCAGACAGCAGAGAGACGCUCAAACACAGGGAGAGUCUCACACUUACUUUGAUCAUAACUGUGUGCAGGUGGAGCCGCAGCGCCACCAUCACUCCGACUCAAACUCGUACACGCAGUGUCAGUCUGUAUCUCCUCAGCAGCAGGAGUACAGCUCCACGCUGCAGAAUAAUGCACCGUGCACAGGAGGAGGGAAUGCAGGCAGCGGCUGCAGCAUGGCUGCACCUCCACAAGCAUUUGUCCACACUGAGACGUCAGAGCAAAGCUGCACACAAGAGGCUGGGGAGUCUAUAGCAAGGCCUUGUGCAGAGAGCCAGCUUUGUCAGAGGGUCAACAGCCCUGUUCAGAGCAGCGGUGCGGGCGGAGAGGGAGCUGUAGGUGGCGUUACCAGCAGCAGAGGUGCUCGAGGCUGGGCAAAGUUUAGAAACGCCGCUUCUGCUCCACCACCACCACCACCUCCUGCUGACGAGCCAGAAAAGGAGCCACAGACAGCAGAAGAGUGGCAGAAAGAAUCCCAGUCCUCAGAACAGUUGGCAGCCGCCAAUAAGAACCAGGAUUCAGAGGAAAGUGGAGAGACAGGGAGCACAGAGGGGGGCAACGGUGCUGGAGAGGCAGGUGACGAAAGUGCCAUGCACAAAACUGACUCCUGUGACAGUGGUAUCACAAAGAGCGAUCUACGCAUCGACCGAGCCGGAGAGUCAAGAAGCUCCUUUGAAAGAAGCCCGAUGGAGAAGAGCCCGAUGGAGAGAAACCCGUUUGAGCACGGUCUGGGGGCGGACUCCCUCAAACAGUCGUUUGUUCAGCCGUCUGAACAAACGCUCCUUCAAGCCACCCUGCUUGAGGCCAAGCUGGAGCUGAAGGGAGACAUUCAGAAUCUGAGCGGCCGCCUGUCGGUCCUUGAGUCUCAGGUAAACGAGAUCCUCAGGCUCCUGUCGAUAAAAAGAAGACUGUCUCUGCCACCGACUUCUUCCCCCAAGGCCAGAGUGAGAAAUCAAGACUCAGUCGCUGCCUCCAAGCUGGUCACACCGAAACCAGACGAUGGGCCUUUUUGAAUUUACUGAUUUUAAAACCCACAACCUGGUUGCAUGCAGAAACCCCUACUUACUGUUAUCUAAGCACUACAAAAACCCAGGGAUUUUUCUAAUAGUCUUUGACUUAUGAGGCACUUUUAAGAUCCUUUGUAUACUAUAUUUGAGAAUGCCAAACAGAAACAGUAACAAUUAUUGAACAAACAAUUAAAAAACACUUUUUGUGCUGUUAUUGCUAGGUAAUUAGUACAUUUUAGAAGCAUUAUAAACAGUGUAGAGCUACGUAUUGGAUACUCUGAUGAAGGCUUUUGUUGAAACAUCUGAGCCUGAUAGGAGCUGAGGUCACAUACAUAUUCAAAACAUAUUUUGAGUUUAGGCCUUUUUGUAGAGCUGUCAUUUUCAUAAUCUUCCUGGACUUUUUUUUCUUAAUGUUAAUUUACAGUUUUUGGCAGAACACUUGACCAAAGGGAUAAAAGUGAGAGGGUUCACCUGCCAUAACUUUCAUAAUAAUUUAAACAACUUUGACUUGCUCAUACAGCGUGUUAGAGAGCAAACUCAUCUUAGACUUUUAUCAUCUGAACAGACUGGAGCUCAGUAAACGUUUCCACAUGCACCAUGUAUGUUAAAUAAAUGUCUCCCCUUAGUUAUUAAUUGUCAGGUAAUAAUAUGUGCCUUACAAUAAUAAAGCCUCAUUCAGGAUUGUUUUGAUGAGACAUAAUCAAAAAUCUUUACUGUUUUUGCGCACAUGUUUUAUAAUAGAAAUGAUAACCCUGUUUGUGUUAUACCCCUUUUUGGAGGAUAAUGGGUGGAUUUUCUCAUUUGAAUCUGUCACUGCACUAAGCAUUCUUAACAGUUUAGAAACUAUUUAAAUUGUGUUUGAGCUUUAUUCCCUUUUAUGUGAAAUAGGAAUGCAAUAAUGGUGGUUUAAUAAUAUAUUUUUUGUUGUUACUUAUCAUUAUCUCAGUUUUCUUUUAAAAUAUUUAUUUUCCUUAAACAAGAUAGAGAAUAUUUCAAUAUGAAAUUACAGCACACUUACUGUACAUUCCCUCCUGUAACUAUACGUCUUGCUCAGGUGUAUUUGCUCUAACGUUGAAUUUCAGUAUUUAUUUCAGUAUGAAUGAAUUUUUAUCUUUGUCUACUUGUAAGAUUAUAUAGUUAUGCAAAUCAUGUUUUUGGAUUGCAGAAGAUUUUAAAUGAUGGGUUAUUGUACACAUCGCUAUGUAACUCUAAAAGAACCAGAACGGUACAUGGUGAUGCAAAUAUUUGCAUUUCUUCAUUCUGUUUGGACAAGAAUAAUUUACAUUAACAAACAGCAUGGUUACAGUUUUAGUUCAUGAUGUUUUCUAAUAUUCUGUGGGACUGCGAAUCAUGUUAGUAUGAACUGUGAGGAUGUAAGCAUGUAGCUAUUAGUUGAUUCAGUGCAUCUAUUUUAAAUAAGAUGCAUGAAUGACAUUGCAUGCAUACAGGGAACCUGUCAACAGUGAAAUGAAUAAUGAAAACUGAUUCCUGCUCGCCAUCUGGUGUUUAGUCUCCUCUGUUAUGCAACAAAAGUAAGUCUUAGGCCCUGAACACCCACACAGGUGUUUAUAGUGAAAGGGGCGCUGUGCAGUUUGGCAAUUUCUUCGCUGUUUUCGCUUUUUCCUCACAGGUUUUUCUAUAAAGCUCCCCCUACAGCUUCGGAAUAGAUAUUU